AUCAUUCUGCGGUCUCACCCCAAACCUUUCACUCUGUACUGUGAAGUGUGUCGGCGAUACGGUGGAGAUGGAGACGAAGCCUUCAGAAAUCAGCAGCUCGAAGAUGUUUGGAGGGUUCAACAAGAGAUACAAGCACUACAGCCCAACUCUUGGAUGCUCCAUGACAUUCCACAUCUACUUCCCUCCUUCUCCUUCACCUUCCAACAAAUUCCCUGUACUCUACUGGCUCUCCGGCCUAACAUGCACAGAUGAGAACUUUAUCGCUAAAUCUGGUGCCCAACGUGUUGCUUCAAGUGAGGGCGUUGCACUGAUUGCACCAGAUACAUCUCCAAGAGGGCUGAAUGUUGAAGGAGAGUCUGAUAGCUGGGAUUUUGGUGUUGGUGCUGGAUUUUAUCUGAAUGCAACCCAAGAGAAGUGGAAGAACUGGCGUAUGUAUGACUAUGUUGUUAAGGAGUUGCCAGGACUUCUUUCUGAACACUUUCCACAGCUUGAUACAUCAAGGGCAUCCAUCUUUGGUCACUCAAUGGGUGGACAUGGAGCACUAACAAUCUACCUCAAAAACUUGGACAAGUACAAGUCAGUGUCAGCAUUUGCUCCAAUUGUGAAUCCUGUGAACUGUCCUUGGGGCCAGAAGGCUUUCACAAACUACUUGGGUGAAAAUAAAGCUGAUUGGGAGCAAUACGAUGCUACCUGCCUUAUAUCAAGCGGUGCCAAUCUCUCCGCCACCAUUUUAAUUGAUCAGGGAGAAGAUGACAAAUUCUUGAAGGAUCAACUUUUGCCACAUAAAUUCGAAGAGGCAUGUAGAAAAGCCAGCGUUCCUCUCCUCCUGCGAUUGCAGCCUGGAUAUGAUCACUCCUACUUUUUCAUUUCCACCUUCGUCGAUGAUCACAUCCGCCAUCACUCCCAAGCCCUUCAGCUGUAACUGGGCAAAGCAUUUACUUAAUCUCAGAGAUGCUUCAGGAGUGGUGUUCAUAUAGAAUCUGUGUCCUACUGGGAGAAAGUAAGACAGAAAUGUCGCGAGAGUAGUUCUCGUAAUAAAGCCAUUUGUGGUUGUGUGAAUUGUACGUUAUGAAGGUUGAGUAUUUACAAGGUUUAAUGGUUUCUGAGAACUGUGGAUUAUUGGAAGUAUUUGGCAAUGUGCUUCGGCUGGGCAUCUUGUUAAUCAUCAUAAGUAGCAUAUACUGGUAA